AUGACAGACAUACUUAAAUUUGAAUACAGAGCUGUUUUAGUUCGGAUUGCUCGCGAUCUGGACGAAGAACAGCAUAAACAACUCUUCUUCCUCUGCAAGGAACAAGUUCCAAGACGAGGUUUAGACGUUUGGACACUUCUCACUUCACUGGAAGACUCGGCGAAGAUAUCGUGGAUCGAUGUUUCCCUCCUGAAGAAAUGUUUGCACGUUAUUGGAAGGGAAGAUCUCGUUGUCCUCCUGACCGAGUUUGAAAUGAAACGAGACCUGUCCAUUCUUAUGAAUUUCUACGUCAGGGAGAGGAAUGGCCUACACCUCUUCUACCGGUCGACUGCGACUGAAGCGGCUAUCCACCUUGUGCGGCUAAUGGAAAGGUAUCCAGGCAGAGAAGAUCUGAGAGGAAUGAUGAGAGGCUCAGACAAGAAAGCGAAAGAUCUUUGGCUGCAAUUCAUGUCUGCAACUCCUCGGACCUCGAGAAUGACGUGGGGCAAAUUUUCCAUGCUGGUUGCGAUUGCCGGAGAAAUAAUAGCCAAGACAUCAUCGAAUCAUUGUGCAGGAAGUUCAGAUGAAGCCAUCAUGGAUAUGUGCGUAAUUUUGGCGGAUGAGCUUUGUACUAUUAUGGUUCAGCUUGGAUGUUGGGUAACUGAAAUUAACUUAGUACAAGACUAUUUUUAAAGCUAAAUCCAUUGAUUAAUAUUUGUCUAUUGGUUAUAAUUGUUGUAAUCAAAAUCGAUGCAGCCGAUGUAGAUCUCGAAAGUGAAAGUGAAGUUUAUUCAAAAAUUAUUUUGAAAAUCAUUCUACCAUAGACUUCACAACUGAUACUUGGCUUAUCGAUUGUUUUACUUAUAGGCAGUUUUUAAAUCAUAAACUGAGUUUCACGCUAUUCAUAUCAAUAAUUCGGAUUUCGAUAGAAAGUAUUACACCUUGUCUGUGUAGGAAUAGACAAUCGUUCUAGUAAUCUGCUUUACUAAUUAGGUAUCAUCUUAACUUUUCACCGACCAUCGUUAAAUUUCAAACUGAUCUUGACGUAGAGUGAACGAGACUUAACUUAUUGGCAAAAAGAUGACCUAAUCGCGAGUAAUUCGGCGCUGGUUAGAAAAUUGCCUUUCUUCACAAUAAUGGCGUGCCGGCGUUAGUCAUAAGGAAUUCGAUAGUCAAUAAUGAUGUGUCACAACACAUCACAUCAACUUGCGAUUUGAUUCUCACCCGUGUACUUCCCCUCAAAAUGAUAGCUUCAGUAAGACUGGCGAUAGAAAGCCAAACCAGUAUUCUUUACAAUGUGCUUGCAAACUUUCAAUUUGAUAAAAAUUUACAUGCCGACCAGACCAUGAUAACUAAUAUUAAUCUGCAUUCGGUUUAUAUACAAAUUUAAAGCUACCGGUCCACUGAAUUCGACUCCCGUAUUUAUUUGAUGAAUCUACAGAGUCGAAUCUUUGUCGUCGAUCCGAUCGGGGCAUGAGUUUGAGUUUCAAAUAGGAAAAGAGAAUCAUUUCGUGUUAUAUUUUCCCCCUGUAAGUUCAAUGAAAUUUGCAUUUAGUGUUAUUCCAUUCUUAUAUGUUGCAGCACGAUCAUAAUGUUUCUAUAUUUAAUUCACACCUUCUGCCCAAAUGCCUGCUUUAAUUUCUUGCCUCUUCUCUUCCCAAUCGCUUCCCUCACUGCCUCCAUCAGUUUAUUUUAUUGCGAGUUCGUCAGGUAACUUGCCUUCUUGUAAGCUUACUUGUGUGCUAUAAGGAAAGGUCUUCAGUUCCUUAUUUACAAACAUCUGAACAGCCUUGUUUACCCGCGGAAUAAGUUCAGCUCAAGCCCCGUCGUCAAUUCUUUGAUUACUGUUGAGGAAUUUGAUACCAAAUGAUAAUUUGAACAUCCGUAUAUAUCAAUGUAUUCUUUUGAUGAGGUAUUUUUGUCCCGCAAAUGCUGUAGGUGAUGUUGACCUGUGCAUGGGGAGUGUUGCAUCUCACAUAAACUUACCUUGUCGUUGUUGAUUUUUCUUUUCACCACAUUUUUAGGAAAAAUUUUGCACUGAUGUUAAGAAAAGAGCCCAGCGGAUUUGCGGACAGGAUGUCAAUGGCAGCCCCUCUUUUGCAGGCUUUAGAAAGCAAAUAGCCGACGCCAUUCAUGAGUUGGAGAACAGCAUCUUUUCCUAA